GUGGGUGUCAGGAGGAAACUCUCUGGGAGCAGGUUAUCUCAUAGCUGCCUAAUCAGGACUUCUUCCACCUUCCUGUGAAGCAUCUGGACAUUGCCACUGGUUACUGGGGUAGAUAGACUACAAGUCCGAUCCAGUCUGACUAACCAGAACCAUGUAAAUCCAACAGUAUGUUUUUGCGUAUCUACCUUGAGCUUUGGGAGUCUGUAGGUUUGCACUGAGAGCAGAAUGAUUUCUUGCUAAAUACCAUAUAAUCUCCUCUUAUUUUCCUUUUAGGAAAGACAUUUCAGAACUCCUCGUACCUGCCCAGUACAUUAUGUCAGCUGUCAAUGACACAAAAUUAAAAUCUGUAAUAUUCCUUCUCACCGGGCUACCGAGUCAUGGAGACGCACAUCUCUGGAUUUCUGUCCCCUUCUGCUUCAUGUAUGGUAUUUCGAUAGUAGGAAAUUCACUCAUUCUGUUCAUUGUAAAAACAGAUCCAAGCCUCCAUGAGCCCAUGUACAUUUUCCUUUCCAUGUUGGCCGUCAUAGAUCUUGGCAUAUUGAUAUCCACUAUGCCGACGAUACUGGGCAUAUAUUUAUUUAACUCUAGGGAGAUCAGCCUUGAUGCCUGUUUAGCCCAGGUCUUCUUCAUCCACUUGUUUCAGUGCAUUGAAUCCUGUUUGCUGUUGUUGAUGGCCUUUGACCGCUUCAUCGCGAUCCAUAACCCUCUGAGAUAUGCUUCCAUCUUAACCCUGCCGAGAAUAGCCAAGAUGGGACUGCUGGCUGUGCUAAGAGCGAUGGCCAUAAUACUUCCACUUCCCUUUCUCCUGAAACGGUUCCAAUACUGUCGAGCCAAUGUCCUCUCCCAUUCCUACUGCCUGCACCGGGAGGUCAUGAACAUGGCUUGUUCGGAUAUCACAGUCAACAUCAUCUAUGGAUUGUUUACUAAAUUCUUAACAAUGGGGUUGGAUUCACUGCUUAUCUUCCUUUCUUAUGUGAUGAUCCUCAAAACAGUGCUGAGCAUCGCGUCCUACAAGGAGUGCCUGAGGGCCCUGAACACCUGCGUCUCCCACCUCUGUGCCCUUCUGUUCUUCUACACACCAGAUAUCAGCUUGAUUGUGAUACACAGCUUUGGGAAGGACUCUUAUCCCUUACUUCAGAUUCUCCUGGGCUACAUCUCCCUGCUUCUCCCCCCGCUGAUGAACCCAAUUGUGUACAGUGUGAAAAUCAAACACCUUCAGGUGAAGAUAAUCAGGGUAUUUAUCAAGUGA